AUGUCAAUCGCUCACCUUGACGGGCUCAACGAAGUCCAACUCAGAGCCGCCCAGCACCCGCCGCACGUACCUCUCCAAAUCCUAGCGGGGCCUGGCAGCGGCAAGACGAAAGUUCUCACCUCCCGUAUCGUCCAUCUCAUCAAUGUGCAUGCAAUAUCUGCUUCGAAUAUAUGCGCUGUAACGUUCACCAACAAGGCUGCGCUGGAGAUGCGCACGCGCCUCGGGAGGAUGCUGGAUAAGGAGCAUGUCCGGCAGAUCAAGAUGGGGACUUUUCAUGCACUCUGCGCACAAUUUUUGAGGAGGUAUGCUACGCUUGUGGGUAUAAGUGGGAAUUUUACGGUAUGCGAUGCGGAUGAGAGCAAGAAGAUCGUAGGCAAGAUGCUGAAAGAGCCGGACUUGAAGGAGUUCCUGAAGAGAUGCUCGAUUACACUGAGCGAAGGGACAAUCUCGUCCCGCAUAUCACAAGCCAAGGCCAAAGGCCUCUCUCCACACGACCUUCUGGACUCAUUUCACGCCUCCUCCCAUACCUCAUCCAAGGGCAAAGUAAAGGAAAAGUCCUUUUUUGCCCUCACAACGGAGCAUUUGGAACAUGAGCUCAAAUCGUGCAAUAUCAAGGAAACAAUCGAUUUCGUGGUGGCGAAUCUAUAUGCAAACUAUGAGCUCAUCCUAAGAGACCACAAUGCCCUCGACUUCGAUGACCUGCUCGUAUAUGGUGUGCGUCUCUUCUCUGAAAAUCCACAAGUCGGGCGCUGGUGUACGCAUGUUCUCGUCGAUGAGUUCCAGGAUACCAACAAUGUCCAAUAUGAACUCAUGCGAAGCCUUGCUGCGGCCAGUCGUAGCAUCACUGUUGUCGGUGACCCGGACCAGUCCAUCUACGGCUGGCGCUCUGCCGAAGUCGAAAAUCUUGCAAAAAUGCGUCGUGACUUUGCGGCGACUCAGCAAAUCUUUCUCGAAGACAAUUACCGGAGUACCGGUUCUAUCCUGGCAGUAAGCGUGGCAAUCGUUGCGCAGGACAAAUCCCGCAUCCAGAAGACACUGCAUGCAACGCAUCCACAAGGGCCCCAGCCAACGCUACAUUGUUUUCCUUCUGACCGGGUGGAGUCUAGUGCAAUCGCGGGCGAAAUCAAGCGUGUUGUCGCGCAUAUGGGUGGAACACUUGGAUACGAUGACUGCGCCAUCCUUCUACGAUACAACUCCCUUUCUCGCGUAUUUGAGAGUGCCUUCCGCAAAGAGGGUGUCCCAACACGCAUCCUCGGCGGGCAACGUUUCUUCGAGCGCGCUGAAGUCAAGGACGUACUUGCAUACCUCCAGAUCGUGGAUAACCCUGCGUAUGCACCCGCAUUUGCGAGGGUGAUAAACGUGCCGCAGCGUGGCAUCGGCCAGAAGACCAUCGCGGAGCUUCUGACUGUCGCAGGCAAGAAAGGGUUGUCACCGCUCGAGGUCGUGGAGCGCAUACAUGGAGGGCGCAUACCUGACAUCAAGCCGCCUAUCAAACGCAAGGUCGCUGAGUUCGUGCAUGUUUUGAAGGACAUGCGUAAGCUCGCGCUAAAGGGAUUAUCUCCUGCAAACUUGAUCCGUCGCUUCCUUGAUCUCGUGCAAUACCAAGAAUACCUUGAGAAGACGCAGGAGGAUGCUGAUAGCCGGUGGCGAAACGUGCAGGAGCUCAUAACUUUUGCGAGCGAGAUGGAGAGCGAACUCGGCGCCCAGAGCUUCGAUGUCGAUGUUGAGGAUACGAAAGCGGCACAGGAAGACGACUACUGGCAAGACCGAGAAGAGGACGAAUACGACGAUGAAGAGCUUGAUGAUCUGGGAUUUGCUGAGGUUAAACCUAGAGAUGAUAAGCAGGCGAGAAAGGGUACGGAGAGUAGAGAUGCUGCGGCGAACACACCCCUUCGUGCCUUCCUGCAAGCGUCGAUGCUAUCCACGGACACAGGUCAAUCUAGCGAAGACGACAAGGAUAAGCAGAAAGUCACCAUCACGACUUGUCAUGCGGCCAAGGGACUCGAAUGGCCCGUUGUCUUCAUCCCCGUUGUCGAGGAAGGUGUGUUCCCGUCUGCGCGUGCAGAGGACCCAGAGGAGGAACGCCGUCUACUCUACGUUGCAUGCACGCGCGCCCAAGCUCUCCUGUAUCUCACUCACGCAUCUUCGCGCAUGAUGGCUGGCGAGACGGUAUCGAAACGGCUCUCAGAGUUCGUCAGCGUACUCCCUGGCGUCCCUCCGCCCGUUGGCAUUCCAGACUCUGCGGCUUUAUUCUCGAGUAGUCCGCCAGAACUAUCGAAAGCGGAGAUCACGACGCUCGCGAAAGUGCUGCACAGGGCGACCCCGGACGCUGCAGAGGUACAGAAGAGAGUAGCGGAGCUUAAUCGAGUGGGAAAGUCCUCGUUUUGGACUGCCGAUCCAGAAUCCACCUACAACACCGGCUUCUCUUCUGCAGCUUCCUGGAAUAAAGGCACACCUGUACACCGGUCGUAUCAGGCCGAGUGUCCUUCGCCGGACGCCCCGACAUUCGUCUCUGCAAAGACGAUGUCCUUCAAGCCGCCGUCUCGACCAGUUUACCGGCAUGCUCAACCCGCGCGGCCGCUCUCGCCCUCGAAAGAACUGAACGCGUUAUCGCCUAGUGCUAUAUCUACGUUCCCUAUGGUCAAUGAUCGGGGCGAAAAACCGAUAUCAGAGAAUGCGGCGCCGAGAGGAAGAGCAAAGGCGGCGAAGGAGCCGUCAGGGGGGCCAAAACAGCCAUCCAUCGAGUCAUUCGUGCAACGCAAGGAGACGGGCGUAGUUCGGCCGAUGUCAAAAACCGUAGCUGGAGUCCUGGUAUCCAUGGCUCGCUCUGCGCCCAAGGUCCCUUCUACAGCCUCACGGCCUACACAUGCCCGAUCUCCAUCUCCGUCUCAGGUUAAGCCAGCGGUCCCUGCAUUAACUUCUUCCGGUUCGAGCAGCCCUGCUCUGCCUUCCGCCCCCGAAAAGUCGCCAUCAACGGCUCAGCAGUCCCAGCAGCCGACCGGAGCUGCUGCAAGCAAGCGGCGCUUGGGGAUGGGACGGGCGACGGGUGGUUAUCCGAACAAGAAGUUUAAGGCUCCUGCUAGCGGAGCCUAG